GGGUCCAUCUGCCAGGAAACCAGCACGGCCUGCUGACAGGGGCCCGCUCCAGUCUGCUCUGUAGAAACGCCAUAUAUAACCGCCCAAUGCCCAUUCUCUGCCCCGGCACAGGGGAUGGGACGCGGUCAAUCGAUUAAAGCCAUAUUCAUCCAAUCGGAGAGAGAGGCGGGGUUACCUUGGAGACAGCGGGGAAGACAGGGUGACUAUCACGUGUAACAUCUCCUGGUUAAUGAUUCUACUCAUAUAACUACUUCGCCUUACAGCAAGUAAACAGGAGAAACACUCAACUCAGCAGAAUCCUGCUUUGGUUCCUGUGCUGUCCCCUCCCGUCAGUCUCUCCCUUCAAGCCACCAGAGACACUUCUCCUUGAACUCUCACUCGGAAUUCUUUUAGGAUAUGUGAGGGGUUCAGAUCUAUAUAUAGAGGAGGCUUACUGUUUAAGCUGUUCUCGAUUUGGAAUAUUUCAGUACUCCCCCAGCUCCAUUCAGUAGAAUUCUAGUGUCCUCUGAACGGAUUUUGAAGUAUGGCAGCACAAGGCCAGAACUAUGGAUACUACCGGACAGUCAUCUUCUCGGCCAUGUUUGUGGGUUAUACCCUGUAUUACUUUAACCGUAAGACCUUCUCCUUUGUCAUGCCAUCUGUGAUGCAGGAGAUACAACUUGACAAGGAUGACCUGGGUCUGAUCACGAGCAGCCAGUCUGCAGCUUACGCCAUCAGUAAAUUUAUAAGUGGGGUCUUGUCUGAUCAGCUAAGUGCUCGUUGGCUUUUCUCUAUCGGCUUGUGCCUGGUGGGUCUUGUGAAUGUGGCCUUCUCUUGGAGCUCCAGUGUAUCGGUGUUUGCCAUUCUUUGGUUCUUUAAUGGCCUAGCACAGGGACUGGGUUGGCCUCCAUGUGGCAAAGUUCUUCGUAAGUGGUUUGAACCCUCCCAGUUUGGGACAUGGUGGGCCGUGCUUUCUACCAGCAUGAACUUGGCAGGUAGUCUUGGUCCAAUUAUUGCCACACUGAUAGCUGCCAGUUACAGCUGGCGAAGCACCUUAUCCCUGUCCGGGUACAUCUGUGUGGGAAUCUCUUUUCUAUGCCUUAUAUUGAUCAAGAAUGAGCCAGCAGAUGUGGGUUUGAGGAACAUCGAGCAGGCACCCAAGAAAGGGAAAAAAGGUACCCAGUCUUUAGAUGAGACAACCCUGAAAGAGUUCCUCUUUUCGCCAUACCUUUGGUUGCUGUGUCUUGGAUACCUCGUGGUGUUUGGAGUGAAGACGUGCUGCACAGAUUGGGGACAACUCUUCUUGAUCCAGGACAAGGGACAGUCUGCGUUGAUUGGCAGCUCCUACAUGAGUGCGCUAGAGGUUGGUGGUCUGGUAGGCAGUAUUGCUGCAGGUCUGCUCUCUGAUCGCGCUGUCGCAAAGGUAGGUUUGAAGAACUAUGGUAACCCUCGCCACGGACUCCUCCUCUCCAUGAUGGCUGGAAUGGUUGUGUCCUUGUUUCUGUUCCGAGUUACAGUUACACCAGGAUCACCCAAGGUGGAUGGUAUCUGGUCUCUCGCAAUUCAGCCUCUCUCUGAGAUGUCUGGUUUCACUGAACAAGAGAUUUGGAUCCUAAUCCUAGGAGCAAUCUUUGGAUUUUCAUCAUAUGGACCAAUUGCUCUGUUUGGGGUUAUUGCCAAUGAGAGUGCCCCCUCAAACUUCUGUGGAACAUCUCAUGCCAUUGUGGCUCUUUCUGCCAACGUUGGAGGUUUCCUCGCUGGACUCCCAUUUAGCACAAUUGCCAAAUAUUACAGUUGGGAUACUGCAUUUUGGUCAGCCGAGAUCACUUGUGCAGCAGUCACUGUGCUGUUCUUCCUCUUGCGAAACAUCCAGACAAAGAUGGGCCGUCUACCAAAGAAAUCAGACUGAAAUGGAAUGAAUGAACCCACUACCCUUACCACCAGCCACCAAGAAGAACAAGAAAAGUCUCCCAGUCAGGAGGUAGCCAUGGUGGGUUCUAAGCCCUUGGCGAGUUGCUGCAGGACGCUAUUUCUGCCAAUUGAAUGAUGUGGUCUGUUAUUCACCAAGAGCCAGAUCUGCUUAUCCUUUAAACAGCCUGUCUUGUGUUUAGGUACAUUAACUAUUUAAUGCUAAUUUGGGAAUCCCAGAAGGCAAACGGAUGCCCAUUUUGUGCAUUGCACUGGAUAUGUUUGCCUAUGCCCAGUGUUCAUAUGGAUAACGUGUAAAUUAAUCCUUGGAUUUAAAAUACUAGGAUGACAACUGAACAUGGCCAUCCAGCAAAUGAAGUACCACAGAUGAAACCAGUUUGCAAUUUAUUUUCUCAUUCUUCCAGGCUAAUUUGCAUGGACACCUAUCCUGCGGACAGUGCAAAAGUCGGCUGCAUCAGGAACAGUCUGAAAUGCAUCGCCAACUAAAUGAUAUUAACUAUACAUUGUUUUUUUUUUACCCAUUGUGUGUUGUGGACUCCAAGUGGAAAUGAAAUAACAUUUUUGUGAUGCAGAUAUAUAACCGAAACAAACUUAGAAACAAAAUAGAAAUUAUUAAAAAAUAAAAACAUAACUGGAAGUCUAUUAAUAACAAUGUAGUAAUUCCCUCUACUCCAGCUACCUCUUUCAACCUUUAACUGAGUAAGGCCUAUGAACACAUAAAAAAUAGUGUAGCUCUGGCCUCUGCAUGCUACCAGUACUCAUCUUCAUCUCCCUAUUUUUUACCUCCAACAGUAUUAAUAAAUUAGCAUCUGCUGCAA